GAGGGCGCCGACGCUGCGGCGAGCCGCUCAGUCGGCUCCGGGACUCGGAGGGCGUCGCAGCCGGGGCCGGCCCUCCGGGCUCGUGACAGGAGCGGGCUGCGCCCAGACCCCCUCGGGGGGAGCCCCGGCGGAGCGGCCGGUCCCCUAGGGAACGGGCCUCUCCCAACGGGCCUCCGUUUCCAGGGCUCCCCUCCCGGCUGCUGAGCGGGGCUUGUCCCCCAGAUCGAAGCGCCUGCCCCGCAGGCGGAGGGCUCCCCUCCGCUCCCGUCGCGCCGCCGGCAUGAAUUACCUGCGCAGACGCCUUUCCGACAGCAACUUCAUGGCCAACCUGCCCAAUGGCUACAUGACGGACCUGCAGCGGCCGCAGCCGCAGCCGCCGCCGCCGCCGCCGCCGCCGUCGGUUCCGUCCCCGGCCGCUGGGGGGCCCCCUGGAGCCGGCGGCUCGGGGGGCGGCUCGGGGGGCUCCUCGGGAAGCCUGUCCCCCGCCGAGCGCCCCCUGCCGGCCGCGGCGGCGGCCCCGAGCCCCGGGGGCGGCGGCGGCGGCGGCGGCGGCGGCGCCGGCGGCUUCUUCUCGUCCCUGUCCAACGCGGUGAAGCAGACCACCGCCGCCGCCGCCGCCACGUUCAGUGAGCAGGUGGGGGGCGUGGCGGGGGGCUCCGGAGCCUCCGGCCGCGGGAAGACCCUCCUCGUCAUCGACGAGCCCCACACCGACUGGGUCAAGUAUUUCAAGGGCAAGAAGAUCCAUGGGGAGAUUGACAUCAAGGUGGAGCAGGCGGAGUUCUCUGACCUGAACCUGGUAGCCCACGCCAACGGCAGCUUCUCAGUGGACAUGGAAGUGCUGCGCAACGGGGUCAAGGUGGUGAGGUCCCUGAAGCCAGACUUCGUGCUGAUCCGCCAGCACGCCUUCAGCAUGGCCCGCAACGGUGACUUCCGCAGCCUGGUCAUCGGGCUCCAGUACGCAGGGGUCCCCAGCGUCAACUCCUUGCACUCCGUCUACAACUUCUGCGACAAGCCCUGGGUGUUUGCCCAGAUGGUGAGGCUGCACAAGAAGCUGGGCUCAGAAGAGUUUCCUCUCAUUGACCAGACGUACUAUCCUAACCACAAGGAGAUGCUGACCUCUGCCAGGUAUCCUGUUGUAGUGAAGAUGGGCCAUGCCCACUCAGGCAUGGGCAAGGUGAAGGUAGAGAACCAGUACGACUUCCAGGACAUCGCGAGCGUGGUGGCUUUGACUAAAACCUACGCUACGGCCGAGCCCUUUAUCGACGCCAAGUAUGACGUGCGGGUGCAGAAGAUAGGACACAACUACAAGGCCUACAUGAGAACCUCAGUGUCUGGGAACUGGAAAACCAACACAGGCUCAGCCAUGCUGGAGCAGAUCGCCAUGUCCGACAGGUACAAGCUGUGGGUGGACACCUGCUCGGAAAUCUUUGGGGGCCUGGACAUCUGUGCCGUGGAAGCUCUGCAUGGCAAGGACGGGCGUGACCACAUCAUCGAGGUAGUGGGCUCUUCUAUGCCACUUAUUGGGGACCACCAGGAUGAGGACAAGCAACUUAUCGUGGAGCUCGUGGUCAACAAGAUGGGAAUAGCCCUGCCUCGCCCCUCGGUGCCCUCCCCCGGCCGGGGGUCUCACUCUCAGGCUCCGUCCCCAGGGACCCAGUCAAUGGCCCGGCAGAGUUCCACCCACCAGCCAGGGCCGCCUGCCCAACAGCGCCCACCCCCGCAGGGGGGACCGCAGCAGCCCGGGCCAGGCUCCCAGCGCCACGGGCCCCCUUCCCAGCAGCGCCCCCCGCCUCAGGGGCAGCAGCUCCCGGGCCUGAGCCCUCAGGCCGGAGGGCCCCCGCAGCCCCGCCUGCCCAGCCCCACCAACCCGCAGGCCUCCGGCCCACCUCGCCAGCCGGGGGCAUCCCCGCAACAGCCACGCCAGCCGGGCCCGGGGGUAGGCCCGCCACCCCGCCAGCCGGGCGCCUCGCCGGGCUCUCCGGUCCCGCAGCGACAGGGGAGCCAGUCACCCCAGCAGCAGAGGCAAGGUGGAGGAGGCCCCCCGGCCCAGAGACAACCCGGCGGGGCGCCUCAGCCCCAGAAGACGGGGGCCCCGGGGCCCCAGCAGCGACCACCUCCCGGGGCUGCCCCCCAACAGCGCCAAGGGCCGCCGCAGAAGCCGCCCGGCCCCUCAGGCCCGACCCGCCAGGCCAGCCAGGCCGGGCCUUCUCCAGGCCUAGGCCCCACGCGCCAGGCCAGCCAGGCGGGCCCUCAGCAACGCCCGAUGCCACCCACCACGCAACAGCCACGGCCCAGCACCCAGGGCCAGGGGCCGGGCGGCCCUGGGGUCCCCGCCAGCCGCCCCCCCAGCCAGGGGAAGCCUCAGCCUGCUCAGAAGCCCAGCCAGGACCUGCCACCGGCCCCGCAUCCACAGCUCAACAAAUCCCAGUCUCUGACCAAUACCUUCAACCUUCCAGACACGGCCCCACCCCGGCCCAGCCUUAGCCAGGAUGAGGUGAAGGCGGAGACCAUCCGCAGCCUGAGGAAAUCCUUCGCCAGCCUCUUCUCCGACUGAUGCCCUGGGACCCCAGGGACCUCCCAGAGUCCCCCAUUCUUUCACCCCGGCCCCGGGCUCUGCCCCUGCAGAGUUUCUCCCUCUCCAACCUCCCCGGGCGUCCUGAGCCCCCCAUCACCCCAUGGAGCUGUCCCUCUCCCCAAGGCCCCCUCACUCUGGCCCCAGGUCUCCACGGCACCUCCACAGUUUUCCCUUCUCGGUCUUAUUCCCUCCAGACCUCCUCACCACCUCUCUCCACCCAGUAGGGCUCCUCCACCCAUUCCCCACCAGGCCUGUAUUUCCCCCUUACUGUGUGACUGACUUCGGCCCCAUCUCUCUCUCUCCCCCUCCUUUCCUCUCUCCUAGGAAACCGAACCAGAGACUUGUGUGUCUUUAAAUAUGCAAAUCAGUAUCACUGAGCACUACCCAGAGUCCUUUGCACACGGAGUGGGCACUGCCCCAUUGCCCACUUCCCUCCAACGCUAGGGCAGCACCAGAAUGUGGGCAGGCCAGGGCUGGAGGUGAGGUCGAGGCCAGCUAAGUGGGAGGGGCCCAUCCAGGGCCCCCUCCGCCCCUCCUUCAGCCCUGCCCCAACCCCUUUCCCUCCCCGGCCCCCCAUGUGUGUCGUGCCGUCUGUGUGCCGUGUGCCAGGCAUGUUGCGUGUCGUCCCCCUGUGCCGCCGCUUGGCGUGUGUUGGAGUUUCUCGUGACGCCGUGAUGCGCGCAGUGAGCUGUUGUGGCCCUCCCCGCCCCCACCGUCCCAGGGCGCCCCGUGUCUCUGGCCCGUUCCCCAUCUCCCAGGCCCGGCCCCACCCCGGGUCCUGCCGCGCACCCCUCCUUUACUGUUGCUCUCGACAGAGAAGAGACAAGACUUGUGAUUAAAGGGAGAGCUGGA